UACUGCGCCACCAGGGAAGCCCCUAAACCUUUGUUAUUUUUGAAAUAUUUUAAUUGGUAACAUAAACUGUUACUCCAUACUUUUUUUUUUAAACUUUUUGGUGCUUUAUGGAUAUCAAGCUUUUACACUUUCUUCAGUUAAUAUCUGAAAUUUUAUUGGAAUGAAUAUAAAAGUGGAGUGAGCAUAAUCUAAAUAUAAUUUUUAGGGGGUUGGUAAAGUAUGCCCUGUGGGUCAAAGCCACCUAUUUCCAUGAUAAAUUUCUAGUGGAAUACAGGCACACUUAUUCUUUUACAUAUUGUCUAUGGCUGCUCUCAUGUUCAUUAUCUUUCCCCUUUAAGAAAAAGUUUGCCCAUCCCUCAUUUAGAGGAAAAAUGAUUCUAUCUUUAUUUCCUUGCUAAUCAUUGACAUAAAUUCUAUAUAUUUAUCAUAUGCCAUAGAUAAGUGAAUUUGCGUGCCUACCGCGUGUCAAGCACUAUGCUGGGGAUAUAAAGACAAAACUUUGUGUUUACUGUUUAACAAUAGCUCCAAGACGGUUAAUAAAAAAAAAUUCUGGGAAGCCCCUAAAGGUAUACCUAAGAACAAAUACAGGUUUUAUACUGAGGUGACACAAUUCAUUGGUGACACUUUGACUUGGGGAAAAUGUGGGUUUUUCUUAACCUUAAUCAUGCUAUUAUUGUAGUAUAAAAUUGAGUCAGUGGUGCUCAUAAUUAGGUCCAAAGUAAAGUUUUCAAAAAAUUACCCAUAAAAUUUAUGGAAAAACAUAUCUGAAAUUUCCACUUCGUUUUGCCAAAUAAGCCUGGGGCUGAGGUUGUUCAUCCAAAAUCCCAUUAACUCAUUAACUAGUAACUCCGGGUUCUUGUUUAUGAUGUUUGCGAGGAUGUCCCUUGAAGAACAUCUCUUGCGUGUCUCUGUGGUCCCCAAGGCCUCCUGAAAUGAUGAGAGCACAGCCACAAAUAUGGUGAUUUAAUUCAAUAAAUGUUUAUUGAGGGCCUACCAUAUGCAAAGCAAUCUGCUGGUCCAGUGGGGGCUAAAAGGCUGUAUGAGAGGGGGCUCCUGCCUUUCAGAAAUUCAAAAUUUCCCAAGCUGGGGGAUGGCUAAUCAGAGCAUUCCAUAACCUUUGGAGAAGUGUCUUGAGUGUUGAAAAAGUUACCAAUGUCCUGCUGUCCCGCCAGCUCCUGAUCUGUUUUUACCCCAGUUCAUUUCAUAUAUCAAGCUAUUUAUGGCUUUGUUUUGUUUGCUUUUUGUUUUUGCCUGCACCGUGCGGGAUGCGGGAUCUUAUCAAUAGUUUCCUGACCAGGGAUCGAACUCGUGCUCCCUGCAGUGGAAGCGUGGAGUCUUAACCACUGGACCGCCAUGGGAGUCCCACUAUUUUUGGAUCAGGAUCAUUAAACACUGGUCUUCACAAAUCUGGCUUAAAUGUAUGUAGGAAGACCCAAAGGGAAGUAUAUAAAUUGUAUUUUCUUAAAGAGUGUACAAAGAUCACAACAUUUGUGAGCUAGAAGGAGAAGCCUUAGAGACCAUUUGAGACCUAAACUUAUGCAAGGUUCUCAAGGUUGCAUCCUUUGGAAGAGGCCGUGACCCCGCCUCCUUCCUCCCCUCCUCUCCCAUAGUGCACACAGCUCCCAGUUUCUUGGUGUCAGUUUUCAGCAGCUGGAAAAGAGAGAUAAUAGCCACCAUGCAGAGUUGCCAGCUUUAGUAAUUCUAGUUCCUGGAAUCAAGGACAGGAAGCCUUUUAGUUAUUUGCACACCCUAACUUUGCUAGCUUCUAGUGAAUAAAUCAUUUAACUGCCAGCUAAUUACAGUAUUGGAAAGUUUACAUCAUUCAUCUUUUUAUGGAACCUCUUGAUGGACGAUUCUGGAGAUUAAAACUCUUGACAAUUUCCAUGAUCUAAAAAAGGAAAGCUGACCUAGAGAAAUAUGGGACAAAAGAUCAGCAUUUCAGAAGUCUCAAGCAGCAAUGGGAUCUUACACAGUAGCCUAUUUAAAGUGGUGCUGAUUUGAACACUUAGAUUAAGUUCCUGGAAAAAGACAGAAAUGUGACUUUUGUCAGAAGCAGUGCCAUUUUAUUGAAUGAAUGAUAAUUUUGCACUUUCUAAGUACCAUGCACUUGCUUCCAGGUAACAACCCUAUGAGGCAGGUACUAUUGUUAUGCCGCUUUACAGAUGAAGAAACUGAAGAAAGUGAGGCAUAGGGAAAAAGUGUCCAAGGUCCUGACAGCUGGUCAGUAGUUGAGCCAGGAACGAAACACGUCCAUCCCUCGACCUGCCAGUUGACACCAGCUGAAGCCGGUCGUUUUCGUGCAAUGCCUCGAAGCCCCGUUCCAGAGGCCGGCGGCGGUGGGGCUCGGCGCGUUUCCUCCAGGCAGGGACUCGGAGUUGGCCCCGGGGAGCCGGACGCCGCCAUUCCCGGCCCCGGGGGAGGUGGACGGAGCAGCGCUCCCCGUCCCCGCCCUCCAGGGGGACUGGCUCCGGAAACGAGCGCGGCCUGGAACCCCCUGGAACCUGGACGGCAGGGUGCUGCGGGUGUGAUUGGCAGGACAUGUAUUCCUCUGAGAAACGUUGGACAGCAGAUUUGGGUGUAGUGCCUGAUCGGGACCACGUACAAAGACAUCUCCAGUCAUGGUUUGUUGCAGAAUGUGUGAGGGACCACCUAACACUCUUGGUGUGCUUGCAAACUAUAAAGCAGUAAUGGAAUCUUGGAAGAGAUAAGUUUACUCUAUGAGGACUGAAGCUGUUGUUAAUUCCCAAAGCCAGACUGGUUAUCUAACAAAGGAUUCAAACCAGGAUGUAGCAAUCAAACUUGCCCAGGAGCGAGCUGAAAUAGUUGCUAAAUAUGACAGAGGACGAGAAGGUGCAGAGAUUGAACCUUGGGAAGAUGCUGAUUACCUUGUUUACAAAGUCACGGAUAGAUUUGGCUUCUUACAUGAAGAGGAGCUCCCAUAUCAUAAUGCAGCUAUGGAACGGCAAAAGCACCUGGAAAUUGAAAGAACUACUAAAUGGUUGAAAAUGCUAAAAGGAUGGGAAAAAUACAAGAACACUGAAAAGUUUCAUAGGAGAAUUUACAAAGGAAUCCCACUCCAGCUCAGAGGGGAAGUCUGGGCCCUCCUCCUGGAGAUCCCGAAAAUGAAGGAAGAAACCAGAGACCUAUAUAGUAAAUUAAAACACAGAGCACGGGGUUGUUCACCUGAUAUCAGACAAAUAGACCUUGAUGUCAACCGCACCUUUAGGGACCAUAUCAUGUUUAGAGACAGAUAUGGUGUGAAGCAGCAAUCCCUGUUCCACGUUCUUGCUGCAUAUUCUAUCUACAAUACGGAAGUUGGAUACUGUCAGGGGAUGAGCCAGAUCACAGCCUUACUCCUCAUGUAUAUGAAUGAAGAAGACGCCUUCUGGGCCCUGGUCAAACUGUUCUCGGGCCCCAAACAUGCUAUGCAUGGAUUUUUUGUCCAUGGUUUUCCCAAACUCUUGAGGUUUCAAGAACAUCAUGAAAAAAUACUGAAUAAAUUUUUGUCCAAGCUUAAGCAGCACUUGGAUUCUCAAGAAAUCUACACAAGUUUUUACACAAUGAAAUGGUUUUUUCAAUGUUUCCUUGAUCGGACUCCCUUUACACUAAACCUCAGAAUAUGGGACAUCUAUAUCUUUGAAGGAGAACGAAUUCUUACUGCUAUGUCUUACACAAUCUUAAAAUUACACAGAAAACAUCUUAUGAAAUUGUCUAUGGAAGAACUUGUGGAAUUUCUUCAGGAGACCUUGGCAAAGGAUUUUUUCUUCGAAGACGACUUUGUAAUAGAGCAGCUCCAGAUUUCUAUGGUAGAACUAAAGCGGGCAAAGUUAGACCUUCCAGAACCUGGUAAAGAGGAUGAAUUUCCAAAGAAACCUUUGGGACAACUUCCCCCUGAAUCUCAAUCAGCUGGCGUCAGUCACCUGAGCAACGGACAGAGAAGUGUGGGCAGGUCCAGUCCGCAUCUGGACGGCAGGAGAGAGACCGGCUCGUCACCUUACAAAGCCCACGAGCAUUCCCCUCCCCAUCAAAGUAGAACAGGUACCCCCGAGAGGGCGCGGCAGCUGCGGCGGAAGUCGGUGGACGAGGAGAGUAAAAAGCUUAAAGAUGAGGUGGAUUUUCAAAGGAGACUUCCAUCGGGUCCACAGGACAAUUCCAGGCAGUAUAACCACGCAGCCGCUAACCAGAAUAGCAACGCCACUUCACACAUCAGGAAGGAGUUUGUGCCCAAAUGGAAUAAGCCGUCAGAUAUCUCAGCUAUUGAGAAAACUGCCAAGUAUGCCAUUGAAGGCCGAAGUCGGGCUGCACACCCCACGCCGAGAGUCACCGUCCCCGGUUCCGCUGAUCCAUGGGCCCCCAGCGUCAGGCAGAAGGUGAAGGUGCUGGAUGCGGACGAAGGGAAGCGUGGCUCCACAGCCUCGCAGUAUGACAACGUACCUGGGGAUGGAGCCAGCGCGGCCCUGGAGCAGGCGCUGGAGAGGGCGCACUCCCAGAGCCCCAGGGGCGCGGCCUACCCUCACAGCCCAAGGAGGCACGCUGAGCCCAGCUCCAGUCCAUCCAGAGCCCCGAACACGUUUACAUUUAAAUUACAGCCUCCGAGUUAUGCAAAAUAUCCAUCCCAGUUAGACGGGGAGGAUCGAGGGGCAGCACACCCCCCAUCUUACAGUGACCCCCCCACUUACCAGGGCAGUUCUCCAAAGCGCAUCCCUGCUGCUAACAGCAGCUUUGUGUCUCCACCGUUUCCCCACGGGACACCAGUGAAUCCUUCCCGGAGACCUUACGGUUCUACUCUUUCGACUGAUGUUUCUCCGGAGAAAUCUUACAGCCGCGCAACUCCUCUGGUCCAGCCGUCCAGUCGAAUAGAAGUUCUCCCUGUUGAUAUUGGUGCUGCGGGAUAUUCGGGCAAUUCAGGGUCACCAAAGAAUGGGAAAUUCCUCCUUCCUCCAGUGGAAUGUUUGCCAGAUAAUAACGGAAAAUGGUCGGAAGUUGGUUACACAUUGAGACCGGAGAUGCACGGACAGUCGUGGACUCGUGAUGCCAACCGUAGCCACUUAAGCAAUUUACCCAAAUACCCCACCUUUCAACACAUCCCCUAUCAGGACCACACCCUCCCUGCAGUUUCAGUAGAUAGUCCGGUGCGGUAUCGAACUUCCCCAGCUCUGGAAGAUGCCAGUUCAUCUGGGUAUCAGUAUUCAGGGCCCUCACCUCCAGUAUAUCACUACAGGAAUCGGGAUGGACUCUCUAUCCAGGAAUCAGUAUUGCUGUGAGAAUUGAUCUGUACUUGCUGCAGACGAGAGAAUAGAAACCAUAUGAAACCUACAUUGCUAUGUUGAUAAUUGCCAAAGCAGUAUUUUAUACAGUUGUGAACAACUCGCACAAUUCUCGUGUAUGUCGGUAAUAAGAAUAUAUGGAAGUGAUUUCAUCCCCACCUAGAUGCUGCUUAAGAUGAGCUUUUAACUUGCAUCAUCACUGAACCUGUUAAAAAGAAUUUAACCUGGAAACAUAGCAAUAGUAUUUAGGGAUGCACGCACAGUUUCAUUUAUAUCUUUCUCCAAAAUCUGAAUAUUUGUACUCUGUUAGUCCAUUCUAUUUUGAGUAAUGAUACAAAGCACUGAAAAACUGUAGAAUAGAUAUUUUUAAGGCUAUGUGUAGUGUACGUGUCUUUUAAUAGAUACUAUAUGCAUCUACACAUACACGUUUGAACACAGAACUAAAGAAAUGUUAAAAAAAAAACAACUACUUUUCAUCUAGAUCCAUGGAAUAAUUUAUUCUACUUCUUUGCCCUACCUUGUCUUUUGGUCAUGUUUUUUUUCCCCCUUAUAUUUUUAACGCAGGUCCUAAACUGACUUGAGGGUUUGCCCUGGCUUAAUUCAGCAUCUCACGGAAUGCUCAGCUUUCUCGUUCAAUUGCUCAUUCAGUUUUCAAUCUGAAGAUUAAAGACAUUGGAGAGAAAGGCUAACCACUUAAUGGUGCUUAAAAUCGGGGCAGUUUAAUUUUAUGACCAAAGGUGCAGCGCGCAAUGUAUCCGUGUUCACCAAGAGAUCAGCUUUCGUGCGUCUGUGCCCUUUUUUCUGGUCUGACCCUCGCAAAGCUCAGAGCAGAGUGUUCCUUGCCAGAUGCCCAGGAAGUACACACAGCCCUCCGGCGGAUGCCAGCAGGAGAAGCUGCAAGUUACCGAUCAUCAAGCACUCACACGGGGCAGCAGAACAAAUUCCUUUACAUUCAUUUGAAAGCAAGAUUAACAAUAUGGUUACUUCUUACUUCUGCCCCUUAAAUUACUGUGGAGUCUCCCCGCAAAGGGCCCCGGGGUGGCAUUUACAUGAUCUUUUCCUGGCCCUCUUCUUUAAAGAAUGUAGUCAGUGAAUAUUGCUGCUCGUAGGCCGUUAAAUUAUCGCUGUGUAAAAUUGUAAAAAAUGAUCCUAAUUAUUACUAGGAACCUCAGAUUUUGGUGGGUUUUUUGUUGUUUUUUUUUAAAUAGCGUGACUUUCAUACUUUCAAAAAUCUUUUUUUGUUGUUGUUUGUUUCAGUGAAAAAUUCAGGUUCAUGGUAACAAAUCAGCAAUGUCUUUCAAAAUCUUCUGUUACACUACAAUGACCAAAACACUGACCAAGUUUUGGGCACUCUAAGAAAGUAUGCCUUUGGGUUUCACUGGAGAGCUUGUUUUCAACAUUACUUUGAUCCUAUUUGAACAAUAGGGAAUAGAAAACCUAACAUUGAUGGUUCUUCUUGUUGCAAGUUGGGGCUUUAAGCUUUCAAGGUACAGAAGUAUGUCUUUUAAAAUGAGAGUAACAUUUGUUUAGCUAGUGAAUGUGACAAUAUUUUUAUGUAUAUAAUGAGCCUAAUAUAAUUUUAAUCAACUUGGUAAUGAUGUUAUUAAAUGGCAAAACAAAUGCAGUGUAUUAGCAGCCAAACACUGCGCGGAAACUCCGAUCCACCAGGCUCCUGGUUCAGAUCAUGUGGAAGCUUAGAAAUAAAUGUAUAUAAAAUUGUAGCUGGGGAUGUGAAUUCCAAUUUUAAACCAUGAUUCUGUGACUUGUAAUAAACCAAGCUGUACAAUUUAGUUUAUGAUAGCAGCAUCAGAGCUGUUCCAAAAUAUAUAUAUAUAUCAACAGUGGUAAAUACUGUAGAUUUAUAUAUAUAUACAUAUAUAUGCAAAAAAUAUAUGCACACACACUAUUUUCUUAUGUCACCUAUGACUUUUUUUAUCUGUAUACUUCUUUUGAUGUGAUUGUUUUUAACAUGCUAAAUAAGUAU